GCUGGCCAGCCAUGGCCCGCCCGGGCUGCAGCAGAGGCAGUGAGCUCCCUGUCACCAGAGGUGUAUGAGCAGAGGCUGGGGGCUCUCUAGGGAGGGAAGCCACGGAGGGGCUGUCGGCCCUCCUGGCCCCUCUGAGGCUGUGAGCAGUCCCUUCUACUUCCUGUGUGGCUCUGCCCAUUGCUUGGCCUGGUUGAGCCUACUGCAGGCAUCUGACCAGCUGCAGGCUCUGAGGUGAGUGUGAGGGCAAAGGUUUGGACACCUCUGGCUCCAAAGUGGGGCUGGAGGCUGGAGCAGGGGUGGUCUCUGUAAGAGUCUGAUCUCGAGGGGGCCUCAUACCAACAACAUCACCUUCUUUUUGGAGAGGCAGCCUAGUGGAGUGGCUGGUAGCCUUAGGCCUUCUGGGGCCAGGGAGGACAGGGACCAGAGGGAGAGAUUAUUCUUAAGCCAGCCACCCCUCAUGGGCUUCAACUUUUUCUAAAACCAGGAACUGGAAGGAGAAAAAUGGGAAGAAAUAGGAGAGAAGAGAGCCUGGGUUUCCAUUUUGCUCCCGCCACUUGGUAGCUCUGUGGCUUUGGCAGGUCACUUACCCUUUUUGGGUUCGUAAGUCACUUACCCUCUUUGUCAUUUACCCUCUUCAGUAUCAUCUGUAAGAUAGGAUGACAGGCCAGGCGCGCGCCUGUAAUCCCCAGAUACUCGGGAGACUGAGGCAGGAGAAUCGCUUGAACCCAGGAGGGGGAAGUUGCAGUGAGCCGAGAUCGCGCCACUGUACUCCAGCCUGGGUGACAGGAUGAGACUCCGUUUCAAAAAAAAAAAGAUAGGAUGACAACACUGCCUGUCUCACUGGAUUCUUGUAAGGAUUAAACUGGUUAUUGUUUUUAAUGUACUUGGAAGAGGUUGUGGUCCUGUGUUUGUUAAAUGUAUACAAAUUAACUGCCCAGCUCACCCAUGCCUAGUAUUAUGCAAGGGGCUUCACAUCAAUUACCUUGUUUGGUCUUCACCACAGCCACAUGAGCUUGGAAUGACUAUUAUUAGGGAAAGUGGACCCAAGAAGGUCAAGUUCCUUGCCUGAGGUCACACAGCUAGUAAAAGGCAGAGCAAAGGUUGAAACUCAAGAUGGUCUGUCUCCAGGACCGGGGCUCUUCACCACUCAGCCCUGCCUAUUCCAGGGCUGGCAGCCUCUCUACGGAGUUGAAGCAUCUACUGGAUCACAUUUGACCAACAACACAUCAGCUGGUAGAGGGAGGAGGGGUGGGCCAAGAAGGGCCCCUUCCCCCUCAGGCCGGAGAGAUUCCUCUGACUAAUUUGCUGGGUGACUUUGAUGGCAAACUGCAGCCCUGUUCCCUCCAGACUCCUCAGUCUUGCUCAUGACUGGGUCCCCUGGGCAGAGCCAGGGCCUGGCAGAGAGCAGAUGUCCAGUAAAUACCUCUUGGCCAUAAGAAUGACUGGGAACACUCAUGCAGUGAGAACACCUUCCUGUGUGUUAUCUCAUCUCAUCCUCACAGCAGCCCAGAGAGGUUUUCCUGGCGAAGGAGCCUUUGAUGGCGGAUGUCUUCAUGGCACAUGUGAGGACCAUCAAUACCAAAUCUCCCUUCAUCUGCUUGGAGUUUCCUGAAUCAGUACAUGAUCCCUUAUAGGGCAGGCAGAAGAUGGCUGUGCCACCCACGUAUGCUGAUCUUGGCAAAUCUGCCAGGGAUGUCUUCACCAAGGGCUAUGGAUUUGGCUUAAUAAAGCUUGAUUUGAAAACAAAAUCUGAGAAUGGAUUGGAAUUUACAAGCUCAGGCUCAGCCAACACUGAGACCACCAAAGUGACGGGCAGUCUGGAAACCAAGUACAGAUGGACUGAGUACGGCCUGACGUUUACAGAGAAAUGGAACACCGACAAUACACUAGGCACCGAGAUUACUGUGGAAGAUCAGCUUGCACGUGGACUGAAGCUGACCUUCGAUUCAUCCUUCUCACCUAACACUGGGAAAAAAAAUGCUAAAAUCAAGACAGGGUACAAGCGGGAGCACAUUAAUCUGGGCUGCGACAUGGAUUUCGACAUUGCUGGGCCUUCCAUCCGGGGUGCUCUGGUGCUGGGUUACGAGGGCUGGCUGGCUGGCUACCAGAUGAAUUUUGAGACUGCAAAAUCCCGAGUGACCCAGAGCAACUUUGCAGUUGGCUACAAGACUGAUGAAUUCCAGCUUCACACUAAUGUGAAUGACGGGACAGAGUUUGGUGGCUCCAUUUACCAGAAAGUGAACAAGAAGUUGGAGACCGCUGUCAAUCUUGCCUGGACAGCAGGAAACAGUAACACACGUUUCGGAAUAGCAGCCAAGUAUCAGAUUGACCCUGACGCCUGCUUCUCGGCUAAAGUGAACAACUCCAGCCUGAUAGGUUUAGGAUACACUCAGACUCUAAAGCCAGGUAUCAAACUGACACUGUCAGCUCUUCUGGAUGGCAAGAACGUCAAUGCUGGUGGCCACAAGCUUGGUCUAGGACUGGAAUUUCAAGCAUAAAUGAAUACUGUACAAUUGUUUAAUUUUAAAAUAUUUUGCAGCAUAGCUACCUUCAGAAUUUAGUGUAUCUUUUAAUGUUGUAUGUCUGGGAUGCAAGUAUUGCUAAAUAUGUUAGCCCUCCAGGUUAAAGUUGAUUCAGCUUUAAGAUGUUACCCUUCCAGAGGUACAGAAGAAACCCAUUUCCAAAAAAGGUCCUUUCAGUGGUAGACUCGGGGAGAACUUGGUGGCCCCUUUGAGAUGCCAGGUUUCUUUUUUAUCUAGAAAUGGCUGCAAGUGGAAGCUGAUAAUAUGUAGGCACUUUGUAAAUUCAUAUUGAGUAAAUGAAUGAAAUUGUGAUUUCCUGAGAAUCGAACCUUGGUUUCCUAACCCUAAUUCAUGAGAGGCUCGCUGCUUGAUGGUGUGUACAAACUCACCUGAAUGGGACUUUUUUAGACAGAUCUUCAUGACCUGUUCCCACCCCAGUUCAUCAUCAUCUCUUUUACACCAAAAGGUCUGCAGGGUGUGGUCACUGUUUCUUUUGUGCCAUUUUGGGGUGGAGAAGGUGGAUGUGAUGAAGCCAAUAAUUCAGGACUUACUCCUUCUUGUGUUGUGUUUUUUUUUUUGCCCUUGCACCAGAGUAUGAAAUAGCUUCCAGGAGCUCCAGCUAUAAGCUUGGAAGUGUCUGUGUGAUUGUAAUCACAUGGUGACAACACUCAGAAUCUAAAUUGGACUUCUGUUGUAUUCUCACCACUCAAUUUGUUUUUUAGCAGUUUAAUGGGUACAUUUUAGAGUCUUCCAUUUUGUUGGAAUUAGAUCCUCCCCUUCAAAUGCUGUAAUUAACAACACUUAAAAAAAACUUGAAUAAAAUAUUGAAACCUCA